UUGACAAUCAUUUUAGUUACGAAAUUUCCGAAAUUAGGGCAAGCCCUUUAAAAUGAGUCUGACCUUUCCCAACACCAUCUAUACGUCCUGCAAUCUCCACCUUCGAAAUCCCCUCAAACAUUAAUAAUAACAAACGCGGGGAGGCUGAUUGCCGGAGAGACCGGCGCAUGCUAUAAACAAUAAGCAAAUGCUGGCAGCAACAAAAACGAUAACGCUUAAACAAAACAACGGCGCCCAGCACGGCCAGCAGGCGGAUUCGCUUGAGCAGACAAAAUGCCCAAAGGCAUUUGAGUGCGAAGAGCGUACACACACGGCGUCUAGAAUAUCACUCAUACGACCCUGUGGCCAGUGUGGAAUGAGCAAACGAGUGGAAAAAUCAUCAUCACCGCCACCGAGAGUGAGUGUGAGUGUGAGUGCGAUUCGAACGGCGAACGGCGAACUGCGAACACUAAACUUAGCCGGCGCUUACUUUAAACGCUCAGUUGCCGAGCGGCCCCAGAGUAAAGCGCAACGUCAGCCUUAGAUUCCCAGGCUGGAAAUUCUUAUUCGGCGCGUUCCGUUGACGUUAUUUUUUCCAAUUAAACCGCAUCUGUGAAAUUGGAGCAGCAACAAGUGAUGUGACAUUCCCUGUGCGCCAGUGUACACAAAUAAGCAAAUCAAAUAAUUCCGCCUUAGAAGCGAGAAAUACAAAUUAAAGGAAUUAAAGCAAGUGCCGCCCGUUACGCAUUCGCCCCGUUGUCCAGGCGUGAAUUUAUAGAUUUAUUUUGUUGUAAAACGUUUGCUGCCUGGGAUUUUGAACAGAUUGCGAAUUGUGUUUUGUGUACUUUUUAGUUUCGCCUUUAUAGAAACAUUAAUACGGAAGGGAAUUGAUUCCGUGAAGCGGCGUGAGACCACAACAAGAUGUCAUUCGAUAUAGCCGUGGCCGAUCAAAUGCGCAUAGCUCUUAACUAUGUGAAGUUCAAGACUAACCAGCAGCGCCUGCGCAGCAAUGACAAGGUCAUCGCCGACACGAUCUACGGGAAGAUCAAGGGGGUGAAAUGGCAAUCGAUUUAUGGCAACAACUACUACAGCUUCGAGGGAAUCCCCUUUGCCAAGCCCCCGCUGGGCGAACUCCGUUUCAAGGCACCCGUGGAGCCCGAUCACUGGUCCGAGGUGAGGCGUUGCACCCGGGUCCGCUCCAAGCCCUGUCAGGUGAACAUUGUGCUCAAACAGGUGCAGGGCAGUGAGGAUUGCCUGUAUCUCAAUGUGUAUACCAGAGAGUUACAUCCUCAUAGACCUUUACCGGUUUUGGUCUGGAUUUAUGGCGGUGGCUUCCAAAUGGGCGAAGCCUCAAGGGAUCUGUACAGUCCCGACUAUAUAAUGAUGGAGCAUGUGGUCCUGGUGGUCAUAUCCUACCGGCUUGGAGCCCUGGGUUUCCUUAGCCUUGAGGACGAAGAGCUAGAUGUUCCGGGAAAUGCAGGCUUGAAGGAUCAGGUGAUGGCCUUGCGCUGGGUGAAGAAAAAUUGUCACUUCUUUGGCGGUGAUCCGGAAAAUAUAACCAUCUUUGGAGAGAGUGCAGGUGGGGCCUCCACACACUACAUGAUGCUGACGGAUCAGGCCAGGGGACUCUUCCACAAGACCGUGAUCAUGUCGGGUUCGGCUCUGGCGCCCUGGGCCCAGACCCCUACUCACAUUAACUGGGCCUAUCGCCUGGCCCAGGCCACUGGAUACACGGGUGAGCCGAACGAUAGAGAGAUAUUUGCCCAUCUCAAGAAAUGCAAGGCAAGCACCAUGCUUAAAGUAGCCGAGGAUAUUAUUACCAUGGAGGAGCGCCAUCAGCGCUUGACCAUGUUUUGCUUUGGACCCACCAUCGAACCCUAUCAAACACCACACUGUGUCAUUCCAAAGUCACCACUCGAGAUGAUGCGUGAUUGUUGGGGCAACAACAUUCCCAUGGUCAUUGGUGGCAACUCCUUCGAGGGUCUAUUGAUGUUUCCCGAGGUUAACAAGUGGCCCGAGUUACUCUGUGAGUUGGGUGAAUGCGAGAACCUGGCUCCUGCGGAUGCUCAUCCAGAUAAGGAGCAGAGAAUAUCCUUUGGCAAACGAGUGCGUGAGGCAUAUUUUGGUGAUAGAAUGCCCAGCAGAAAGACCAUUUUGGAAUACAGUGAUCUCUUCUCAUACAAAUACUUUUGGCAUGGCAUCCAUCGGACCCUGCUCUCCCGUGUCCACCACGCUCCGCGGGCUCCAACUUUCCUGUACCGCUUUGACUUUGACUCCAAGCACUUUAACAUUAUGCGAAUUAUCACCUGUGGUCGCAAGGUGCGCGGCACCUGUCACGCCGAUGACCUUUCCUACUUGUUCUACAAUGCCGCAGCCAAGAAACUCAAACGUCGCACGGCCGAGUUUAAAACAAUACGACGUUUGGUCUCAAUGAUUGUCCAGUUUGCCAUCUGCGGGGAUCCCAAUAUACCGAUGGUCACCCACGAUGAGAAGUUGGCCCAUCAGGGAGCAUGGCUUCCCAUCUCGCGGGAGGAUGCGGUAUUCAAGUGUCUGAAUAUAUCACACGACGUGCAGGUUAUGGAUUUGCCAGAGGCCGAGAAGCUCCGACUGUGGGACAGCAUCUACGAGAAAAGACUUCUCUAUUGAAGGGCACUUCAGUACAAUCUCCGUGUGUAUCCUUGGUAGCAAUUCCCCCAUUUAGCCUUAGCAAUGCAGCAAUAUUUAGCCAUAGAUUUAGACCCUAAGCUGGCCCUGAGGUGGCCUUAAAAGCACAUCAAAUGUACACAUGUAAAUAGCGAUUUUUUAAAGCUUAGCCGUAAGAGUAAAUACAGAAAAAAAAUAUAUAAAUACAAAUAUGAGGGGUUGUUGCAGAUUUUUUUUACAUAAAAACUGGCUAACCAAAAGCCAAAGGCGGAAUUAUUUUUAUAUGCGUGAAUUUAAA